AUGGCGCGAAAGAAAAAUACCGAGCGAAUGGCUGCUCGAAAGAAGGCCGAGGCCGCCCAUUCUGAGCCCACCGUGAUUGAAACCUUCAUACCUGUUAUUGAAGAGACGACUCAGGUUGCUGCGGCUGAAGCGGAGAAAGAUGUUGAACAGGUGAUUGAGGAACGUCUGGUUCCGGAGGAGCAGGGAAAAAAGCGUAGUGGUGAGGGAGAGGCUGGGGCGGAGAUUAGCCCUACUUCCAAACGGCCUCGUUUAGAAGAGUCGGACGUGGGUGCUCCUUUUAUUGUUCGGCCAAAGAUCAAAGAUACGCCGAUUUCUUCUGACGCUUUAGCCAUUGAGGAUCCAGCCAUGGCGUUAAGCCUGGCGGCUUUAAUUUCCUUACCGGCUGACACCGCAGCCUUUCGCGCCGUGCCGGAUGUUAUGGCCACGGUUGACAGGAUCGCGGAUCUGGGCCGCUGCCUGCAUGAUACCCUUGGCAGGAUUGAUCAUUUGCAAACGGAGGCGGACGCUCAAAAGAAUAGGGCCGAGUUUGAAGUGAUGAGAGCCGCAAUGGAGAGUGCGCGAGCUGAAGCAGAGGCGGAGAGGGCUCGCUCAGCUGAACAGCUCCGUUCUGACGCUGAGAGUAGGGUAAAUGCGAGCGAAGAAUCGCUCAAAUUAGCCAAGGAGGCGCUUGCCGAGGUAAAGGUUGAGUUAGAGGAGCUCAAGGCGGCCAAGGAAAAAGCCGAUUCUGAGGCUUCUGCGGCAUUUGAGGCAGGAAAAAGCGCCGCCUACACGGAAUAUCCCCCAAAGGACUUCCGCAAAAACUUCUAUCCUCGUAAAGAUUUCAAGAAGCUGCUGGACUUGCCUGUUAAUCAGCGCAAGGCUCCUGUGCUCUUGAAUUUCAUCCCAACCUAUAAAUCAACUUUGCCUGAUGUCCCCAAAAAGAGCAAGUCCAGUCAUUCUGCUACAACUCCUGCCACAACUUCUUCACCUCGGCCAGAUCAGGGGUCAACCUCGGAUCCAACAGAGCGAUCCAGCAUGCCCACUCCUUCGGGAUGCAGGCCUUUGCCAUCAAGAAGGAGUUGGUCCAAAAAAGCUCAAGACGAGGCUGCUAAUUCGCUCAAGUCCCUCAACAGAGCCGAGGGCAAGAUGAUGGCUUUGAUGGAUCAGGCCAAUGCAGCCAAGAAAGCUCAAGACGAGGCUGAGGAGAAGGUAGGCGCUACUAAGGCCAUUCUUAAGGUCUUUGAAGCCGAGAAGAAAGAGGCCGAAGCAAAGAUGAUCAAGGCCCAAAAAGAACUCCAAGAUGCCUUGGCCACAAAAGAGGUCGAGAUCAAAGUGACGGACGAGAAGGCGUACACCAAGGGGGCAGCUGACGUCAAAGAAGACUACAAGAAACAAGUCAGACAUGCAUGCAACAAGGGCUAUACCCUUGGUUGGAUGGUUGCUCUGAAGGAGUUGGCUGUUAACGAAGCUGAGUUCGAGGAGGAAGCUGAGGCCGAAAAGUCCGAGAAGACUGUUGAUGAUGAGGAGGACGAGGUCUCAAAAGAUGCCACCCCUGAGAAGACAACAUCUGAUGCUCCUAUUGCCGAGAAGAGCCUCGACCAGACUCUUAAAGAGAUCGAUGCCGAGCUUGCGGCCGAGAAGGCGAUCGAGAAGAGUUCCCAGGUGUCAUCUGGGGCCGAGACACAACCUGCCACAGUCGAUGAUGUAGUUUAG